UGGCUCCAGUGAUUGCUGUCUUCAUUUUUCAACACUUAAAACUGAUGACUCUCCAAAUGGCACUCAGCAAUUUCUCUUCAGAUCCUCAUUUGAGUUUUGAUCCUCUACUCCCAUGACCAACGCCGUCAAAUCCUCCAGCGCUCUUUGCACUCCCUCUUCCUCUACUCCUGCUCUCCGCAGAUCGACGGUGUUCAAGCGCCAAAACCUCAGAUCCACUCGCCGUCGUCGUUCACUGAGUCCGACACCGAGUUCGAGCUUCGAGGCUCAAGACACCGGCAUUGAAGAACACGAGCAAUUAGUGGCGGAAAGACAUAUGCUGAUGGACGAACUGGCUCGGAGAAAUGAGGAAAUUAAGAAGCUCAAGGCAGUUAUUGAAUGUGCUUUGACGGAUUUGAGCAAUGCAGCUAAUCAUCUAAAGGAAGGUUCCUCUUCUAAUGAGGAAGAAACUGGAAGAAAAAUAAGUCAUGUCUAACUGGAAGGAGCUAAACAGGGAGAAUAAUUGUGAGUUUAAAUAGCUGUGAAUUAUGCCCUUUCUCUGUUAAUUUUUGCAACACAGGCCGAUUUUAUAAGUAGAAUAUUAUGAUCUUAUAUCA